GUCUUUAUUUGUAUUGUGUGUCUUUUAAGUGUGGAUAGGUGUUCAGUGUAAUGGAACCAAUAAAAGCAGUUUAGUUGUAUGCGUCACUCUCGUUCACAAAGGUAAUUAUAAAAAAAUCGGUGAAUCUUCUUUUCUUGUUGGAUAUGUUUUGUCCAGAAAAAGAACAAAGAAAAGUAUCUACAAUUCUUCACUAUUCAUUUCAGAACAUGUUCUGUCUUGGUCCCACUCACACACAUAUAUACUACAUACACACAUUUGGCUUCGGAACAGUUGCAGCAAAUCCACCAAAGCUCAGAUCAGCAAUGGAGAGAGGAUGUAUUACAUUGUUCAUCAUCUUCCUCUUUGUCCUCUGCUUCCCCGUCUCAUCAGAUUCCCAGAAGCUCAGUCCAUCAAUAAGCUUACACGACCAAGAACAAGCCCAUGAGGUUACAAUCAAAAACAUAAAACGAGAAGAAGAUAAGAGCAUCGACAUCUUCCGGGUAGGGGUAGGAGCUCGUGGAGUUACAGGUGGAAGGGGUGGAGGCCGGAAAGCGUCUCCAAAACGUAACGCCGCCAUUGACCACCGGCCACAGUUGUUCUUCUCUACCACCUCCGUUCUCUUCACCGGGCUUAUAAUGCUUUCACUCACAUGUCAAUAAGAAUUAUCAUGUUGUGCCUAACUUGAGAGUUUAACAUUUGUUAUUUGGGUUAUUGUAAACUUUGAACUCUUACCACAUCUUAUAUAGAAUGACAAUACAGACACCAUUUGGCAUGAA